AUGCCCCGCGCAGGUCCCUUCGUGGCCAUGCUGCUGGCGAAGCUGGAGAACAUGGUGCAGAACUCGCUGUACGUCAACGUGCUGCUGACGGGGCUGGUGGCGCGACUUGCCUGCUACCCACAGCCCCUGCUCCGCUCUUUCCUGCUCAACACCAACAUGGUCUUCCAGCCCAGCGUCAAGUCCCUGCUGCAGGUCCUGGGCUCGGUGAAGAACAAGAUCGAGAGCUUCGCCGCCAGACAGGACGACUUCCCCGCCCUGCUCUUCAAAGCCCGCAAGUACCUGCUCGCCCGCGGCCAGCUGGACUGGGCCGACGCCCCCAACGCCGCGCCGGCCCUGCGCCGCUCGGAGACGCUGGGUAGGGCCGGGGCACGGGGGGGAGGCAGGCGGGGGGCUGCCACCUGCUUUGGGCCUGCCUGGCGCCACGCUCGGGCU